GCCUGCGAUUUUUUGUUUUAUAUGAUACCCAUCCUUUCGUCUGCCAAUCCAAUCGAAUCUGAGUUGCAAUUGUGUGUGGACGCCGGGGUUCUGGAAUUACACUAUACAGGCAAACAGUGUUGGAACGUGGAGGAUCAGAUAAGAUGGCCUUGAAUAUACAACCCCCUCACCCUUCGGUCAGCGAACGCAGAGGUCAACGACUGGCACCACUUCAGACCGACUUCGGCCAAACCAAUUUCAGUCGUCCAACAGCCCGUCCUGCGCCGGCCAACCGCCCUCGACCAAAUGAAUAUGUCAGCGCCAAUGGUGAGGCCAUGGAGAAGGUUCCCUUGAAUCCACCAAAGCACCAGUCGUCCAAGUCCAGCUUGCGCAGCCUCUUUGGCCGCGACAAAUCAGCACGCAAGCCUGCCCAUGACCACAAACUUGCCGAGAUCGACGAGGUGCAUCCCACGGGCACCAAUGCCAACAUCGACGCCAGUACCACCAAGAUUAAUCUUAAUAACAACAACCACACAACAACAGUGACACAACCCGAAAUGCCAUUAUCGCCAAACUUCUGCAACACACCCAAGACCGCGAUCUCGACGCCUACCCUCGUCACCUCGCCCACGUCCGCAGCCGAGCUGCCUACGCGAAACAAGCUUCCCCCGUCCAAACCGCCGCCCCCGAAGCCAAGCGAGGAGGAUAAGCCGCCGGCCCGGGAUCUGGGAUGGAAACCACCGCCGCUGUUCCAGGCUUAUCCGCAAGCCAUCAAGCAUAGCACCCUUCCGGUCCCGACGCUGUCAGCUGAUGCUAUCUUACGUGCGCAUGCUACUUCCAAGGGCGGCGGGUCGCGCGAGGACGAGAAUGUGGGUGCCUUGUCACAGCAAAAAGAAGUCACACGCGAAGAGGCUGCGGCUAGAAAGAAGAAGGAGGACAAGGAAAGGAGGCAUCUGCGGUCACUAUCGGAGACAAUUGGCAAGACGGAGUGGACUCAGAAGGUUUACGUCGUGACUACUUCGGGAUAUAUUCUGCAAUACUCUGGGGAUGGGAAAUAUGACCGACUGCCUGAGAAAAUGCUCCUUCUAGGCCCGAAGUCGGUGGCAUUUGCUAGUGACGCUAUCCCAGGGAAGCAUUGGGUCUUACAGGUGUCGCAAGGCCCAGAUGGAUCUGAAGCCCCUGCCCCUACAGAUGUGCCGCGUCCGUUGCUGACACGAUUGGGUUUCCAUCGGUCGUACACACGGAGAUUGACUCAAAGUUUUCUUCUGACCUUCAACGAUCCCGACGAAUUGAGUUCUUGGCUGCUUACCGUUCGAGCCCAGAUCGAAGCUCGCGGGGGUAAAAAGUAUGUUUCGGAACGGGUGUUUGAUGAUGGGAUGGAGCAACAGUUGCGGUCGAAGACAAGUGUGCGACAACUUGUGAAGAGGGACCCUAAUCGAUUCUCGAACCUGUACUUGCAACCGCAGAAUGAGAGUCAGUCAGAGGGGGAUUCCCGUCGGAGUUCCUAUGUGUCCAAUAGCAACCGCCAUUCGAUGGUCUCCACGGCCGCUACUGAUGUGGGAGCACCACAAUCCGCUGCCAAUGGUGCCUCUGGGCGUUUCUAUGCUGCCACUACCGCCACGACGACGACAUCGGGGACGACCACAACGGCGACGACAAUUCCCCCGCGGGAUGCUACUAUUUCACCUGCGAUGCGCAAUCAUGGUUCAGAAAAUGUCACGUCACCUCCCCCGCGGGAAGCCACGCUGAGUCCCGUCCUGACAAGCCCGAAAAAACGACGAUCGAUGGCAUACAUGUCCACGCAGCCAGCGGAACCGUUCCAACCGGAUGUCUCACAGUUACCUCGAUCUCAAUCGACGGCACCUGAUCCCUCUGUUCGAAGUACGUCACCGCCAGCGCCCAAUUUCAGCGUUCCCUCUUUCAGCAAGCGCUUCGCAGCCAGGACCGCAAUGAAUAAUAUUCCUCCGCUGCAACUGGCAUCCAUUCAACAACCGGAUGACCAGAACGAGGAUGACUUUGACGUCAAUGCCAUCGCGUCAUUCCCGUCUCCCCCACAGUCUCCUGUGCGCAGUCUCUCCAGCAUGAGCCGCAACGAUCCAAGCGAUCCCCAUGGAAUAGUCUCCCGCCAGAGCAGCAUGAACCGAAGGCGGCCAUUGCGAGUAUCCCCCUCCCAGGAUUCCCUGGUGACAUGCGAAUCGACAACACAACAAAGCUACGAACGGAAACCAUCAACGGCCAUAACUCGCCCCCCACGAGGCAGCAUAUCAACAGUCAACAGCACACCACGCCCCUCAAGACCAAUAAGCAUCGUCUCCUCCGUCGACGCCGUCUCAAACGGCGACGUCCAAUCCCCGCAAUCACCACCAACCCACUCAACUCGCUCCCGCCGCGACCCCCAAAAGAGCCGCACCUCCGUCCUAUACCCAACAAACAACACCACAAACGUCACCUACUCCUACUCCACCAUGCCCAACGUCUCGCGCCGAAAAUCCAUGCCCGGACUCGCAGUCGGACCCCCCUCAGUCCCACCACCAAACUGCCCCCUCCCCAAGAUCCCCUCACCGGUCCCCGUUGACCCGUCUGCUGCGGACACGGCGCUUCCAAUGUCGCCGCGGUCAUGCAAAAGUCCGCCGCCGGUAAACGGGCAUGGAUUAAGGAAGAUGAAGGAGAGGAAGAGCUCUGUGGGGGUGACGGGGCAUUCGCAUUCGCAUUCGUCGCGGUUUUCGUUGGGGAUGAGGAGUAUUUCUUCGUCGGCGAGGUAGUGUCAACUUCCUUUCCCUUUCCUUCCCUUUCCUCUUGUCGUUCCUUUGGCUUUGGGCUAUCAUAUUAUAUUUAACAUAUACCCUCCUUCACAUUCUUCAUUAUAUUUCAUUUUCUCUAUAUGUUUUUUUUUUUGAAUUUACUGGUU